AUGGAUGCCGCCGAGGAUAAAGACGUGAAGCUUCAACGGGCCUCUGGGGAUUUGGUGUCCGAGUUUUCGGCAAAGCUGCCCUCGCUAUUGUGGAGAGCCCAAACUGGGACUCCCCUCCGCACCCCACGUAAAUGGGCGCAGGUCACCAAAACAGAGAAGCUUGUCAGCCUUCUUGAACCCUUUCAAGAGUGGCCUCAACUCUUAGAUCCGCAUUUGCAGACAUUGCUGCCUCCUUUAGUGGACGCUUUUCUAGCAUAUCUGAUCAAGCAUCGCACCCAGUAUGGCUCUGUUUCGGCGAAAUCAUCCCAGGCAGGAGAUCUAUAUCCCCUACCAAGAGCUAUCUGCAGGUUACUCUACACUUUCUGCAAAGUCCGUGGCGUCAAAGUGAUUAGCAGGUUCUUGAACAAUGAGCCGAAAUAUCUUGAUUCAAUGCUUCGAGCCUUUAUCGAAUGGGAUGCAGUCCGGCCAUCCAAUUCUGAAGAACUGAUCGAAUCUGAUUCCCAGCGACUCAUCUGGGAAGAACGCUAUGUGAUGCUGGUCUGGCUUUCACAUCUUCUGCUUGCUCCUUUUGACUUGUCUUCUUUAUCGUCAGAUAACAUUCCGGUGCCAUACGACAAUCUGCAACAGUUGACUUGGCUAUCAUCCGAGACUCCUAUGGUUGCCAGAUCGCUUCUUUCCUUGUCGUUGUACUAUAUUGGUGCUUCGGGCAAAGAACGCGAGGCAGCGACAGCGCUUUUGGCACGUUUGGCUUUGCGUGGAGACAUGCAAACUCUCGGUGUGCUCACAGGUUUGACGAAGUGGGCAUUUGCUAUAAUCCAGCCGACGGAGAACGUUGAAUCGCCCUCUGUCUAUGCUUGUAUUGGGGUCCUCACAUUCAUUGCUCGCUUGGGCGCAUCAGGUCAGGUAGAUGACUUUGUUCCCUUGAUCAAUGAUGUCUUCCAGCAGACCCUCAGUGUAUUUCAAGGGAAGUCUUCAGUAUCUGCGACAAUCCAGUCUUCAGCGUUGGCCAGAAAGAUUGUUGUUAAGAUCCUUCGCAACAUCACAGUCAUGGCCUUAUCUGUGAAUGAGCGAGGUGACGGCCGUAUCACGCAUGAUCAGUUAUCGACCAUAUUGGAAGAUGCAAUCGAUCAUUUCUUGGUCUCCUUGGCCGACAAAGAUACGCCCGUGCGAUUUGCCGCGAGUAAAGCACUCAGCAUCAUCACAUUGAAAUUAGACCCAGAAAUGGCGACCGAGGUCAUCGAAGCGGUCAUUGGCUCUCUGGGAGAGAACAUUCUCUUCGAAAAGGACGAUGGCUCCCUCCUGACGCCAUUUGAAGCACGGAAGAUUGGCACACACACCCUUAAACGUAAUCUCAGUGCAGUCGAUGCCCAGCGAUGGCAAGGAUUAAUCUUGACACUGUCACAUUUACUUUUCCGCCGGGCACCUCCUAUCCACCAACUCCCUGAGAUUCUUCAAUCACUUGUGUCUGGUUUGGGCUUCGAGCAAAGGUCUUCUACUGGUGGCUCUGUGGGAACUGGUGUUCGAGAUGCGGCAUGCUUCGGUAUUUGGGCCAUGUCCCGAAAGUAUACGACACGAGAACUCCUGGCGUUGCAGCCCCAGGUAGUGGCGUCGCAAUCUGGCCAGAAAGAGGUCGAUGUUCUGCAAAAGCUGGCUGUGGAACUCAUCUGUGCUGCUUGUAUCGAUCCAUCUGGGAACAUUCGCCGCGGCUCGUCUGCUGCGCUACAAGAGUUGAUUGGUCGUCACCCAAAUACCAUCGCGCAAGGCAUUCCCCUCGUGCAGGUUGUGGAUUAUCAUGCCGUUGCACGACGUUCUCGUGCACUAAAUGAUGUUGCUAAAGCAACAGCCUCUCUGGAUCAGAUUUACUGGAGUCCGCUUCUCGACGCUUUGAUGGGUUGGAGAGGUAUUGGUUCUCCAGAUGCCGAGUCCAGAAGACAUGCGGCUAAGUCUAUUGGAACUCUGAGUACGCAGGAACUGUUCAAGACCAUGAAUCUGGUCCUAGAUAAAUUGCUGCAUAUGUUCUCCAGCAUCUCUCGGAAUGAUGUGGAAUCACGACAUGGCUGUCUGCUGUCUAUUGCUGCCACGGUCGAUGCUUUUACUUCCCAAUGGGAAACAUCAGCAGAGAAGAGAGAUAUCCCGGAAGCCAGGGCUGUUUCCUCUCAAGUGGCCAAUAUUUGGGAUAUCUUUGGUUCUGUAUCAAGCCCUACCGAUGAUGACUUGACCUUCCAGACUUCACGCCCCGAGUUGACAGCAGAGGCAUCAUCUUGUUUGAUCGCCUCGCUCUCUCGGUCUACCAUUACAGCAGGUCUGGCUCAACCUUUAGAGCCACUUCUGAAUCGAACGCUUCAAAUCCUGUCCCUCUGUGUUUCUCGAAGUGAUGAUGUCUCGAUUGAAACCUCUUCAACUGCCUUGGCACAGCUGUUUCCUCUGCUAUCGCCAUCAAAGCAGGAAGAAACUGUGCGUACUUGGUUCUCUCAUCUCCGUAAUUCAUGGAGAUUGCCGACAGGUCGUGGUCAAAUUCUAGCACUCGGUACAGUGUUCAAGCAACUCGGAGCACAAAGUGAUGUCCAAGAAAACAUCGUCACCGAGAUUGUUCGUUACACCGGGAAGGAAGAGCUCAUCGAGAAACGAGUGGCUGCUGUGAAGUGCUUAGCCACCAGUAUCUUGCCCUAUAUGGCUGCCACUGAUACAAUUGCGAGUAACUUCGUCGAAUUCUUGAAUGAUUAUACCACUGACAGACGAGGCGACGUUGGAUCUCUUAUUCGGGUCGAGGCAAUCCAAGCAGUCGGCAUCUUGGUUCAAAGACAAUUGGACUCAACAUCACGCUCACCACUUAUUCAAAAUUUGGUCGGGUGUCUUUGCCGUCUUGCAUGUGAAAAGCUCGACAAAGUCAGAUUACAAGCAUGGCUCUCUCUACAGGACUUCUGGGAAUCAGCAGGGGAUCUGCCUCCACUUGAAAGGAAAUUCGAACACUUCAGUCAUGUUUCGUCACAAGAGUACUUCGCUCAGUUACUUACUCUACAGGAUAUUGACUGGCUUCGUCUUCCUUUGUUACAAGGACUUGCAACCUCUGCUAUCUCAGGAGCAGAAGGUCUUGUCCGGGCAUCGCGCUCAGCUCUGACUCAGUUCCUCAAUACCCAAGCUCAGCCCCGACGCCAGGAGAUAUUGAUGGUCUUCCUGCAGGACCUUUCCACGGUACUGGGUGACAACCUUCAAGAUGACCGUUUUGCCAUUCCUGCCGUCGAGUUUAUUGCAUUUUUAAUUGACAGCUACAUUCCUGUUAUCCCGGAAGCCUCAGAUCCAUGUUUCCGGAAAUUGUUCACGCUAGUCCAGAAAGCACAUUUCAGAUCCGCAAAUAUAGCUCGAUUGGAAGCUGCCGUCAAAGUCUAUGCGGCAUUAUCAAGGAUUGACUCAUUACGAGAGGGUGUUUUGAAGAAGAUGACCGGACUGCUUUUGCAUCCUUUCCCAAGGGUCCGAUCAAGCGCUGCAGAAUACCUGUUUGUUGUGACAGACUCUGAGAUUGCCAAGUACGAAGACUGGUCUGCUUCGCCUAAACAGCUGAAGCCCCAGGUGGAUAAUCUGAAGGUCACUUUUUGUCUGGAGGGGUAG